AUGAAUACAACUAAAAACUACUGUAAACCCUUAAAUAAGAACUUUGAAAAUAUAUUGCUGCCUACUCUUUACAUUUUGGUGUUAAUUGUUGGACUGGUGGCUAACGGAUGGGGAUUGAAGUCUUUGCUGCAUAACUGGAAGAAACUUGGGGAUAUUAACAUCUUUCUUUUAAACCUGGGACUUGCAGACAUUUUGUACCUGCUCAAUCUUCCUCUUCUGAUCGUCUACUACCUUAAAGGGAGGACAUGGAUCUUUGGAGAAACUCUCUGCAAACUGACAAGAUUCUGUUUCAACCUGAAUUUAUAUUGCAGCAUUGGAUUCCUCACUUGUAUUAGUGUGUACAGGUACCUGGCAAUCGUCCAUCCCAUGAAAUCAAAGGGGAGAUUAACGGCGAAUCGUUCCAUUGGUAUCUCAGCCAUUGUUUGGAUUCUGGUGAGUGUUCAAAGCCUUCCGGACAUGUUCUUCCCCAAAAAAUAUUUUGACGAUCAAUGUUUUGACACCACCACUAAUGAUUAUAUGAAGGGAUACCUGGAUUACACCAUCAUAUUUACGUUCUUUGGAUUCUGCAUCCCUUUCCUCAUCACUGUUUGGAGCUAUGGACAUGUCACCUAUGUCGUCUGCAGCUCAAAAACAAUUGACAAGAAUGUGAAACGACGAAGCUUGAAGCUGUUGGCAGUUUUGAUUCUUCUGUUCCUGAUCUGUUAUGUUCCCUACCAUAUAUUCAAGAACCUUAACCUCUACUUAAGACUUCUAAAUUGGCAGAAGAAAUGCAGUAGCUGGGAGGAGAGGAUCUUCAGAGCCCGUCAGGUGACUCGUGGUCUUGUGAGCCUGAACAGCGCUCUCAACCCGCUGGUUUACCUGUAUGUAAAUGAAGUUAUGCAGCUUCUGCAGCGGGGUCAACAGAUGUUCAGGUGCUUGUCUCCUGCAAGGUGUCGCUCUGUGCCAGUGUCACAGACAGAGAAAAAGGAAGAAAUGGCAAUGUCAUGCUCUAAUAUUUUGUAAAUUUGAACGUUUUUAUGCUUACCUUUUCUGUUUGAGGUUACACUGUCAGAUCCUAAGAAUGCAAGUAACGGAUUAUAGAUUAACUCAUUCCUGAUAUUAUAAUCAGUGUUGCACCGAUACUGGGUGGGGCCCCGAUCCACUGCUAAAAGGGUGGCAUUGGCGGGUACCAACAAAUAGGGCCCCGAUACCAUUUUGAUGUUUGAAUGGCACUUGAACGCAGCCUUCUCUCUCCCAACACUCACUAGUGUUAACUAUAGCUAUUGGCCUGUGCCAAACUAAUGAGAAUAAUUUCACUUUCUUGCUGUUGCACUAGUAUUAUACGUGUUAUAUAGGUUCAUGAAAGUUGCACUGUUAUGGCAUUUGAGAGUCAAA